AUGCAAAAAAUUGAAAAAAUUUUUCCCCAAGAAAUUUUAGAUCAAAUUCUUUCUCACCUAAAUGUCAAUCAACUAUUUAGUUGUCUUUUAACAAAUAGAUAUUGGUGUAGAUUAACUAUACCUUUUAUAUGGUCUUCUCCUUUUCAUAAUUUAAACUUGACUAAAAAUAUUGAAAAUAAUAAUAUCAAAAUUGGUUCAUUGAUCAAAAUUUAUAUUUCUUGUUUACAAAAAAAUGAUAAAUUAUUAUUAGAACAAUUUGGUUUAGAUUUAUCAAAUUUCUCUUCACCACCUUUAUUUAAUUACGUUAAAUUUCUUAAAGUUCUUGAUUACAAAUUAUUAGAAGAAUAUGUAGUUAAUGUUAUUAGAAAUACACUUAAUGCGGAAGAUCAAAUUUUAAUUAACGUAGUUAUGACUAUUAUGAAAUCCCUUUGUAAUAUGUUUAUGGGAGGUGAACAAACACUUAAAAAUUUAAUUUUACCUUUUAAUGGACAAAUUCUUCCGGAAAUUUUAUUACCUAACGAAUAUAAUUCGGGUUUAACGAAUUUACAAAAAAUCAAAUUUUUCGUGGGUUCAUUUAAUCGUUCAAAACUUAAGAAUAUAUUGGAAUUUUUAGAUGCAAUUCCUCGUAUUGCUCCUAAUAUCACAUGUUUAGACAUUGAUGUAAAUUUUAUGGAUAAAAUUAUGGCGGAUGCUUUAGUAUCUUUAAUUGAAAGAUUAAAUCAUUUAACGAAUUUUAAAUUACGUGAAAAAAGUGGAGGAAGACAAAUUAUAGAAAAAGCAAUUAAUAAUUUAAGUAGUCGAGCUUUAUCAUUAACAUUAUUAGAACUUCAUAAUGUUCAUUUUCAUGAUUUACCACUUACGGGAUUAGCUGAAUGUAAAAAAUUAGAAAAUUUACUUAUAAUACAAUGUUGUUGUUUAACUUAUUCAAAUUGGCAACCAUUGGAAGAUGCAAAAUUUCCUUUAAAAGUAUUAUAUUUGGAUAGUGACUUUGGAUCCGAAGUAACAAUUUCAAUCUUAAAAUCAACAAAAAAUAAUCAAAGUAUUAAACAAUUACAUUUAAGUAGUGCGACAAAAAAUAUUAUUGAAAUUUUAGCAAAUUUAUGUCCAGGUUUAAUUCACCUUGACAUUUGUGUAAAUAAUUUUAGUUUACCUUUUAUUAAAAAUAUGAUAUUUGAAUUAAAAGAACUUCAAUAUCUUACAAUUAUGAAAUUUGGAAUUCAUAAUCCUAGAACAUUGGAUUUAGGCAAUAUUCAUACAUCUUUUUUACAUUAUUUAGAAAUUAAUUUUAUAUUAACCAUUGAACAAUUAGAUGCAUUAUUAUCUCAUUGUCAAGCACCUUUAAAAACUUUAAUAUUAAAUCAAUAUUUGGAUAAAUAUCAAAAAGCGGAUGAAUAUUUUUUAAUCAUUUUAAAAUUCGCAAAAGAAAAAGGAACAUUAAAACGUCUUUUUAUGAAAGAAUUAUCGAAUUAUGUUCAAAUUUUGUCAUAUAAUGAAGUUCGUAUUAAUAUUUAUGAACUUUUAUGA